UCUAAUUGAAACACCUGCAACAGGGUCUGGCAUCAGUUACGAAAAAUUCUUCUACAGAUACACACCCCAUAUUCAGAGAACACAUACAGAACUCAGUUUAGUUAUAGAGAUUUUUCUUUGUGGUCAAGGUGCGCAGUGCAACCCGUAAAAAAUUGCAAAUUUAUUGAAAAAACUAACAAAUUUCGAGAAUGCGAAGUCGCUGGGCAGUAGUUUCGGCAAUGCAAAGGACUUGUCUGAUAUAAUGACUGGUAGCUUUAGGGUGCAACUCAUCAACAUGGGCACUCGCGCUGCCGCCUUUCAGGCAAAACUGAGAGCCCUUCAUGAAUACCAUGUACGCCUAUUGCACAACGUCUUACCUGCGCCCUCUGGCGUCGAUAUUGCUAACAAUAUCAAAUACUUUUCUCAAACUCUAUUAACUGUCCUUAAAGAUGUGCGCACUUCUCCGCACGAACUUAUACGCGAUCCACUCGAAGAUCCCACACGCAUGUCUGCCUACCCCAAUCUUGAAUAUGGCAAUCUCUAUAAUGCUUUAACUAUGCUCAUCGAUGUGGCACCUUGCAUUCAGUAUGGACAAAUCGUUUUCGGCAAGGCUUUACUACAGUGUCUAAGCUGCAUAUUACCCUUUCUCGAUAAGGACCUUAUUGAUAACCUCCCCUAUCUAGUUAGCUCUACUAUAUCUGUACUACCGCCAGCUUUGCAUCAGGAUAUUGUCAAUGCACUGUGCUAUUAUAUCUUACCAUUUACUAUAACACGUCGCAGCGCCGAUGAGCAAGAGUGCCAAGCCUGUCAAUCUGUCUCCUCUGUCAUCAUAAUGGUUUUGCAGUAUUCCAAAAAUCCAGCACACCAUUGUCAACUACUCGAGUGUCUGAUGACUCUCAAGCAUAAUGUGGUCAAGGAUAUACUGUGUGUGGUCGCUUAUGGCACUGCUGUCUCUCGAUCCUCCGCUGCCAAGCUGCUCUUCUACUACUGGCCAGCCUUCGAUGCCAAUCUAUUUGAUCGCAAGGUUCUACUCUCCAAAUUAACCAAUGAUCUAGUUCCAUUCACCUGUCAGCGUGAACAUUGCCCCAAUGCCGGAAACGCUGAGGCGGCCAAGGUGUGCUAUGAUCAUAGCAUCAGUAUCACCUAUGCCCAGGACUGCCCCCCGCCAUUGUAUCUGUGCAUCGAGUGCGCCAACGAGAUACACCGGGAGCAUGCAAAUCUGGAGUUUGGUGACAUUCUACAUCCCAUGCAACAGGUGUCCAUGGUGUGUGAGAACAAAAACUGUCGCUCCAACGAGAAGUCCGCCUUCUCUAUAUGCUUCUCAACCGAAUGCGCCAGCUUCAACGGCAAUCAUCCCAUUCGCUACUGUGCCCAAUGCCACAGCAAUCGUCAUAAUUCUCGACGUGGCGGUGAUCAUGUUGUUCAUCGCAGCCUGCAGCCUGCUUGGCAAAUGGACCCAGAGAUGCAAAUGCACAUGGUCGAGUCGGUGGUUAGUUUGCUGCGCGAGGCCAAGCCCCUGAACUUUGAGCCUGGCAAGGAGUCCUCCUCAUCGGAGGCAAAGAAGAACGGCUUGUCCAUCACGCCCGACAACAUUUCCCUCGAGGAGCGCCAGAUGCUGGGUCGCUAUGGCAUUUGGCUGCUAGUGGGCCGUUGCACACCCACACCCGAUACACCCGUCGAAGUCCUGGGUCGCAUUCUAAGCAUGCUCUUUCAUUGGUUCCAUGUCACAGCCUAUUCAUACGAUGCUGCCGGUCAGAUUGAGAGCACCAUUGAGAAGCUGAAGGUGGAUCACGUGUGCAAUUGGCUAAAAGAGAUUUGUCGCAUACACUACAAUGUGUUCAUCUCCUGUCUGCUUCCCCAUCCGCCAGAAUACGCCCGUGUCGGUGGCCACUGGGAGACGCUAGCCUCACGCACCAGCCACCUAAAGGAGGGUCUUCAGCGAUUGAUUUGCCUGGUACCGUACGAAGUGAUCACUUCGGAGAUCUGGGACUAUGUGAUGCCGCACUGGAUGGAGGCCAUCACCAACGAUGUAGCCGAAAAGGAGCUCAACGAACUGAAAAUUGUACUGAGCAAGAUACUCGAUCCAGAAAUGUCUCCACUCGGCUUCGAUGCAAAGACCAUGUACAAUUUUGUGGCCAUUCGGUUCGAGAAAACGACGGCCAAGGUCCAACAGCAGGCUCUUCACUGGCUCCAGAUACUCACCAAGCUGGAAAUACUUAUCCCACUCGUCCAGCUCUUUGCCAUGUUCGGCGAUGGAGUGCGCAUCAUGAAGUAUGGCAUACAACACGAGCUAAUGCGAGAAAAAGAGAAGGAUCCCCAGGCCCAGCAGCAGCAGCAGGCCAAGGCGCCGAAGACGCCAUGCAAGGAGAGCAAGGCCGAAAUGGCCAAUCCACCCAGACGUAGUUCCAUUUCACCUGUUGUGGAGGAUGACUCUGGCAAUACUUCGGCCAUAUCGGACGAUGAGGCGCCCACCAAUCGUCAUACGGAGUUCUCAACGGAUGCCGAACACAACCUCACCUGUUGCAUACUCAUGCUGGACAUACUGCUGAAGCAGAUGGAGCUGCAGGAUGUGGAGCAGCACAUGGGGAUACACACCAGCGUGUGUGAAAACGUCUCACGUUUAAUCAAAUGCAUGGUGACUGCAGCCCGGGUGGGUCUAAGUAGUCACGUAUGUGCGUUAAAGGUGGCAGAGUGUGCUUACUGUGAGGCAUCCACUAUGUGGCAUCAGCUGUCGACCAAGUUGGUUGAAUUUAUGGCACCGCUGAAUCCCGUUAGGCCACCCGAUGUGCCCAUUGAAGAUAUAAUUGAAGAGGAGAAGUCAUCCCGCAAAUCGCCGCCGGAAUCUGACAAGGAGAAAUCCCGGGAACGCGAUGUUUCGCUCUCCAUGGCUCCACUGCCCAUUCCACUGGGUCCACUCGGAGGGUUUGCUGAUAUCUUUAAGCUAGAUCAAUUCUUUUCAGACGAUGGAAAAAUUAUUAUAAUGGCAGGUCCUGUGCCUGUUGCUGUGCCCCAACCCGAGCCGCACUCUGUGGGCGGCGUACUCGUCCAUAUGCCCCACGUUUGUUCCAAUAACGAAAAUGGGCAUUCAGUUGAUAGUAAUGAAUUGAGAAAAGUUCACGCCACAGACGAGAUCAUGACGGCCACAGUAGAAACAGUUUCAGAGCAACUGGAUCUGGCCUCUAUCCUACCCACGGACAGGGCCAUAGCACGCUCCAUAACACUAUCAGAUGCGGAUGUGGGAAGUGCUAAUGUCAGCGUGACCAAGGCAUCCGUGAUGGGUGAGAAUGGUGCCAAUGGCAGCACAGCUGCUGGCGGCGAGAAUGGCAGCGGAUCUGACGACGAGGAAGAGGAAGAGGAUAGCGAUGAUUUCUGGCACACUUCGGUAGGCAAGUUCAAGUUUACCCUAGAUCAGCUGCCCCAGCCGCUGCAGUAUAUACACCAGUUGCUCACGGAAAUACCCACAAUUAAAAAACCCGAGAUACUCUAUUAUGUACUGCAAUGCCUCAAGACAAUGGCGCUGCACGGCGAUGCUUUAGCCAAAGCAGCUCGGGAACAACGAGGCUUCUUCAUAUGGUGCCAGGAGAAUUUGUUGAUCAAAAAUCUUUGGGAGCUGUGCAAUGCGGAGCACUCACACAUCUGUCAGGUGUGUGUGCCACUGCUGCUGCACUGCAUCACAUUGCCACUGGGCUCCGAUGUGUUCUGGCGAGUGGUGCAGGAAGCCUUCCACGAUGUCGAUUGGCGUGUUCGGUUCACGGCAGUAGAACGAGUAACCGUGAUUACACGUUUUAUGGAUUCGACACCGCUGCGCUCUGAGGUGGGUCUGCAAACGGCAUUGGCUACCGCCUUCUGUCAUCUGAUCGCCAGCAUGGAUGACAUCAAUGUGUAUGUGGCGCAGCGGGCAACUCUCUAUAUCGGAACCAUACAUGAUACGGCAAUACGGUCACUGCUCUUCUGCUUGGAGUCGCAAUUCGAUCUUUUUAUUGUCGAUCGGCCGGUGGUGCUUCAAUCUGUCUAUCAGCUGCACAACUCCCUAUCGGAUCGCAAGAUGCUCGGCUGGGAGUUCUUUCUCAAUCGCUUCGAUACACUCUUCGUGGAAGCGCAAAUCAAUCUGGAAAAGUGCGGAGACAUUUCUUAUCUCCGAGAUCUGCGCAACUCCGACAAUGGUAGCGAGGCGCUCUCGGCCAAAAUACUAAAGGCCAGAGAGGCACUCAGCCAAUCAGACACUACUGGCAGCAUGGCCAAAACCCUCAGCGCCUCCUUUGGUACCAAGUGGCCCUACAAGAGAACCAUGUCCGCUCCAGCCAGCAUGGCGCCCCGUCAGGACUCCAAGUUCGUGCCCGAGAAGGAGAAAAUCUAUAAUCGUCAGGUGUCGGCACCCAUACUCAAGCGGAAGACUUCGCGUUUUGGAUUGGGUCAGUUCCUUGGCACUGGUAGUAGUGCCAACCAAAAUUCAGCCAACCAUAGUGUCGCCACCAGUAGUAAUACAUUGCAUACAAAAUCGAAAGUAACAACACCCUGUCCCGUACACCAACAAGUUCCCCAUCAACCCACCCAACAUCAGCAACACGCACACCCAUCACACCAAUACCAAUACCAACACCAUCCACACACUCACCAACAUUAUACUGGUAGUAGUGCACAAGUAGCGACGUUUGCCUCGGCUCAUAGUCAAAGUCACCAGUAUUUAGUGCAUUGUGUACCGCCUAGUCACCAUAGUCCAAUGCCAACGCUGCAGGAAGCCGAGACAAUGCUUCGCUUCCAGGCUGCACAGCAGCCGUUUCAGCACCCACCAACGACAACAGCGUCGCACCAAACGAUCGCCGAGCAGUUCCGUGCCCCAGCCCCAGCACCAGCAACAACAACUGCAGCAAUAACAACAACAACAACAACAACAAUAUCGGCUACGACCAGCGCCACUGCGGGUCCCACCUUUGCCACCUCGUUUCACUCCCAUUUCCAAAAGCAUCCCUCGGCGCCAAAUUUGCUGCCGUCUCAGCCCGCUGUGGUCGCACCCAGUCCCAGUCCCUCGGCACUGGCCUUUCCCAUGCAUUGCACAUGUGAUGUCGCACCGCAUUCCGGUGUCAACAUUGCUGGCACCACGGGCAGCACCACGGCCAAUCCAGAUGGACAUAUCCACUCACUGGGUGGUCUAAACGACGACAAUCUUAUCGGCCUGCUCAGCCGUAUUACGGAGCUGGAGGAAUCGGACCGGGAGACAAUUCAUUUGCUUGUCUUUAUGCUGAUGCAGUUCAUGUCCCGAACAGAUCAGGCCUUUCCAUCCGAAGAUAAGCCCGUCACCCGGACACAAAAUAUUGUAUUAAAGCAUCUGUUUUUACUAUUGGGUCACAAUCAAAUCGACAAGACAUUCCACACCACACCCGAUUCAUUGCGCAUUUCAGCCGUUUUUAAUGCUUUUUUAGCAAAUUUACCACAAGUCUUGGACCAGAAUCAUCUGAUUGGAGGUCUCAUAUUGCCGUCUGUCAUGCAGAUCAUUCUGUAUGCACCCAAUCCCACAAACACUUCGGGUGAAUCCUAUCAGAAUAUUGUCUUUAAUUACUCAUUGUGGAAUCUGGAGCAGUAUCCGCGUCGCAAUUGGCUCUUCACGCUGCUCGUCGUCCUCUAUAAGUACUCCUACACACAGCCACCGCUCAGUGGAUAUAUCAUCUCGGCCAUUCGCAUGAUCAUGAACAGCCUCCGUGGUCAUUUCCAUCAGUGCCGACGCAUUCCUACCACCACCAUACUGGAUAUACAUGGCGGCGUUGGCGGCGUAGCCCGUUCACGUGAUGUUAGCCAGCCCUCGCUGGGUACAGAUCCCGAUGACAAGGAGGCCAGUCCGCCGGCCAGCCCCAUGUUUCCAUCCGAGGGCACCAGCGCCGCCUCCAAGAGUAAAGGUCAAAAUGUCGCCUUCACACCCAAGCUGCAACACGCCUUUCGCAAGUACAACGACUCCAGUUUGGAUGCAGAUGAAACCGAAUCCGAACUGGUGGCCAUACCCGAAAGUGAUCUCUCAGACAGCACACUACACGGCAGCAGCGCACCGGGCUCUUUUGAUGACACCAUACAUUUUGAAGACGUACUGCCAACAAAAAUAGAAUCGCUGCGGAAUCGCCGUCCCAUGGAAUAUUCCGAAGAGAAAUCUACAAAAUUGCACAAGUCGAUGAUAACCACCAAAACGGGUGACACAUACUCCACAAAAAUUAAACACACCAGUGAAUCCGUCAGCACCACCGUGGUGACCACCCACACCCGUCACAGUCUGCAGGAAGGAGUGCGUAUGAUUGUGACUCCGUUGGUGGGCUCGGAGACAACGGAGACAGCCAUUGUCAGUCCGCCCGUAGAUGUGCAUCGUGCAGUGACCGUGCGCAACAAGUCGCUGGAGAAUGCAGCUGCGUCCACAUCGAAAAUGUUUGCGGCAAUUGCCACCAAUCAUCUGAAAGCGCUGGGUGCUCUGCAGGACGUGCCGACAGGAAGCUGUAAGCACGGCUCCAGCAGUGGCAGCGGCAGUCGUUCCAUAAACGGCAGCAGUGUCGCUCCAGCGUCCAGCGCACCGGCAACGGUUGGAGUUGUGAAGCCAAUUGGACGCCAUAAGACUAUUGUGGAAUGCAGUGCCGGCACGUCCAGCUCUUCGGCAGAUGAGGCGCGUCAGAAGAAGUCGCACACCAAGUCUCUGAAACGCACGGACACGUCAUAUGGCUCUCCUGAUUCACCGCUGUCCAAGAUGAGCGUUAUGCCCAAUCCGUGUGAUGAAGUUGACGCCAGUCUCUUGCCACCUCCGAAGAACAUUGCAGCGCUAGAGAUUCCAACGCCGGAGCGGCUGCUGCCUAUUGGCACACAGGACACGGUAGCCGCACUGGUGGAGCGUGUACGCGACGGCCUCAAUUUGCCGGAUAUCAGUCACCUGAAGCAGGACAGCUUGGAUAUGUCCGAGAGCACCAAAGACGAUGUAACGCCCAACAGUCGCAACAACUCGCCUCGACGCCUCAUCAAACAGGUGGCCCUCGAAUCGCCGCCCAAUCCAAAUGCACCCGCAACCGCUCCUGUAACAAUGACAGCAACUACAGCAGUACAAGCUAAACCACAGUCGCAGAUGCAGUCGCAGAUGCAGUCGCAGCCUCCACAAGACCUACACACAUCCAUUUUAAAGAAUGUCACCCAGGAUCUAAAGCAGCUGCCCAGUCAGCGCCAGCAGAAUAUGGCGGGUCCCUCGACCACAUCCAAUAGCAUUAAGCGUCCGAGACAAAAGCUGGCGCCAUUUAACGUUGACUCCAAUGCCAUACCAGACAUACGAUCGCGUUUCGCCGGUUCCUGGCCGCCGCCACCAUUUCAGCCAGCCGAGGAGCAUGACGAAAAUGGGGAAGAUUCACCCGAUAUCGCAAAUGGGCACACAACGCACACUACACACGCCCAUGCGCCACGUGGGAGUUCUCGACGAGUCGGUGACUACACCAUUGUGGAACGCUGCUCGGAUUGUGGUGCUGUCAUCGAGGAGUACACGGAUGAAGAGAUUGGCAUAUUCAUUGUUAUCCUGGGCACCUUUAUUCACCGCGAACCGGCCAUUGCAGCACCCUUUCUGCCCGAGGUGCUCACCAUGACUUCGCGAAUUUGUUUGAGCAGCACUCAUGCGUGGCAAGGUGAAAAUGGUCUGCCCUUGGCUAGUAGCGCCCAGGCCGUGGCCCUGCAAUUCAUACGUUGUGUUCUGCACCAGCUGGCGCCCAAUGGCAUAUUUCUGCAGGUUUUCCAAACCCAAAUGAAGAUUAAAGUUCGUCACAAUCAUUUCCGGAGCAUUGCUAAGGCCCUGCAAGAUUUCCAGGAUCUGAAUGCAACAAGUCCCAUUUAUAUGGUCUGCGAAUCACUGACCUCAAAGAAGGCGCUGCCCAUCGAACAGCUGCCCAUCAUCUUCCGAAACAUGGCCGAGUAUCUGCAGUGCAUGCCCACGGAGGCUGGUGUCGGUCUUGCCGUCUGGUCCCAAGCCAUGCAGGCGAUGGAGUCCCUGCUACGCCAGGUCAUUGUCAUUAUGCCCAGUUUGAGUAAUGCCGAGUAUAUGCUGGAUUUGAUAGCGGCCACACUGCGUCUAAAUUGUGUGCCCAAAACGCUGCUCGAUCCAUACUCAAAGAUUAUGGCGUACUGUGUGCAGCACACGAAUCUGGAAUACCAGACACUCUACGAUUUGUGCACGCUUAAUACACGCUCUUUCAGCAAGGACCGCGACAAGAAUUUACUUUGUCGCCAGAUGAUCUUUGAGUUUGUACAAGCGCUCAAAUUUAAGUCGAAUAUACCCGAUCACAAUCUGCUAAUGAUCAUUGGAUUCGUGCUCCUCGAUGCGGGAGGCACCCUGCCCCCCGGUGCAUUACCUGGUCUGCCAGAUGCAGCGCCCGUCUUGACCACAAAUGCGGCCGACUGUUUGAGGCAGUAUAUUAACGAUGUCAUCGAUUUUCUGGCCGAUUUCCACACGCUCAGCAAGAUCAAGAAUUUUAAGAAUGGUCAGCCAAGCACUGGACUAGGCGAGGACACCUUGGGUGGCGUUCUCAAGGGCGCUGUAGCCCAAUAUCUGGCACUGGAGAUGUCGCGGGGCAACAAUCGCGAUAACAAGGCAGUGUCGCGCUAUCUUCCCUGGCUGAACAAUGCUCCCUCCUCACUCCAGCAGGGUCCCAAGGAGUUCACGGAAUGUGUGGGCCACAUGCGCCUGCUGUCGUGGCUACUGCUCGGCUCCCUUACCCACAUGGCACUGAUGCAGCGACGCCAAGAGACGCAGUCUCUGCCACCACCACCGGGAGCGAAUGCUGCACCUGCGCAAGGACAACCGCAGGUGGCCACGGUGCAUUAUCAGCAUACGGGAGUCACAUACUCGCAGCCUGUGCCGCAGGAGGCAUCCUGUCACAUUGCCGAUCACAUACAAGUGAUCUUUGCGGGUUUUGCCGAGCAGUCGAAGACCUCGGUGCUGCACAUGUCAUCGCUGUUCCAUGCGUUCACACUGUGCCAACUGUGGACCGUCUACUUGGAGCAGAUGGCGCACAACACCAGCAGCAAUGCCGAAGGUAGCACACUCGGGGUGCUUUUUGAGUUUUGGACGAAGGUAACACCAUGCAUACUCCAGCUGGUGUCGCAUGGCAGGCCGGCCAACAAGGAGCUGCAUGCGCAGCCGAGCGUUGACUUUCAAACGCAGAGUGUCAACUCGAAGCUGUCGGAGAUGGUUAACUUGCACUUCCUCAGUUUGCUGGAAGCCCUCAAGGAGACAAACUCAACGGUGCUGGGCAAAUUGUUGCCCAUGUGGAGCACGGUGCUCUCCUCACAAACACAGCUGUCGGAUACGUUGCACGUACGACUGCAGAAUGUACGUGAUUACGCGCCGGAUUUUGAGGAGCAGCAGACCCACAAAUCGGAGGCGCUGCUCAAGUGGUUGCAACGUUUGCAAUUCAAAAUGGGCCAAAUUGAGUUGCAAGCCUCAACGGCAACACAGUUUUACUCGAUCUAAGUCCGGUUUAUCCAAUAUUUCUAUUAGUAAUUACCUCUAAAUAAAGUUUGGUAAAUAUGAUUGUUAGCACAAUGAGGAAAAAAGUUAUGAAGUUAAUGUUAUAUAGUGAUUAUAAAUAUAUUAAUCUUUACGCAGAAA